GACAGAAGCCCGGUCUUGGUGUUCCUGCCGAGCAUGCGUGGCAAGUACUUGUGCAGCUGGCGGCUGCCUCUCGUGGAGCCACCGACGGGAAAGGAGGUGGGAGCCCGAGCGAUUGGGCGAGAGUUAUUGCCUAAGCAGCCUUCCUUUACCUGGCGGGGUUUGGAGAGGAGCCGGCUCGGCUGCUUCAGAACAGAGCACUUUCUCUUUCUCCUUUUUGCACCUUGGAUCAGCCCCGUCGGGAUCAUCGCGGAGCUGCAACCCACGCGGCGAGCGUGGUAAAUUGCUGAAAUUUUCUGUGUCAGAGGUGCCUGUUCAUAAGAGGAUGUAGCGAGUCUGAGGAUGGGGCUUUCUGCGGAGAGGCGCUCACAAUGACCAGAGAAGACUCAGUGAAGUGUUUGCGGUGCCUGCUGUACGCCCUAAACCUGCUUUUCUGGUUGAUGUCCGUCACUGUGUUAGCCGUUUCUGCCUGGAUGAGGGACUACUUGAAUAAUGUUCUCACUUUAACUGCGGAAACAAGGGUAGAGGAAGCUGUUCUUUCCACUUACUUUCCAGUUGUCCACCCAGUCAUGAUUGCCGUCUGCUGUUUCCUUAUCAUUGUUGGAAUGUUGGGCUAUUGUGGAACAGUGAAAAGUAACCUCCUUCUGCUCGUGUGGUAUUUUGGAAGUUUGCUUGUGAUAUUCUGCAUUGAACUGGCCUGCGGUGUUUGGACCUACGAGCAGGAAAUUGCGGUCCCUGUGCAGUGGUCAGAUAUGGUCACUUUGAAAGCCAGAAUGACCAACUACGGCUUGCCUAGAUAUCAAUGGCUUACUCAUGCUUGGAAUUUCUUUCAGAGAGAGUUUAAAUGCUGUGGAGUUGUGUACUUCACGGACUGGCUGGAAAUGACGGAGAUGGACUGGCCUCCGGACUCCUGUUGUGUCAGGGAAUUCCCAGGAUGCUCCAAACAGGCGCACCAUGAGGAUCUCAGUGACCUUUACCAGGAGGGUUGUGGUAAAAAGAUGUAUACUUUCCUGAGAGGGACGAAACAACUGCAAGUGCUUCGAUUUCUGGGGAUAUCGAUUGGGGUCACCCAGAUUCUGGCUAUGAUCCUCACUAUUACUUUGCUGUGGGCUCUGUAUUACGACCGACGAGGCCCAGGCCCAGAUCAAAUGCUGUCCUUGAAGAAUGACACCACACAGGACCUGUCAUGUCAUUCAGUGGAGCUGCUGAAACCCAGCCUGACGAGGAUUUUGGAGCACACAUCCAUGGCAAACAGCUUCACCACACACUUUGAAAUGGAGGAGCUUUAGGGUGAUCGCCCCUUUUGCUAAUUGUACAUUUGAAAAAGGAGUCUGAGGUCAUCAUUCUGAUCCAGAGAAGAAAACAGAAUGAAUGGAGAUGUUCUUGAUGAAUGACCGUGAUCCCGGGCUCUUAACCUUUUUAUUUCUCAAAACGUUUGUGACCUGAAGGUUCUAGCUAUAGUUUUACCACUAAAAUGUAUCCAUUGUUUUAAGUACUGAGAGUGAAUAGGUUCUGUUUCGUGAGAAGAUGUGCAUUGUAUAAAAUGCUGAUUGUAGCAGGGCCUUUAAACUUUUUUUUUUAAAAAAAUAAUCAACGUUUUAAAAUUAAGCAUCUGUCAAAAAGAACACAUUCAGGUUAUGACUUAAGGGCUCUUUGAUUCUGUCUGAACUUUUAAUUUUAAAUGAUUAGGUAAGAGUGUGGGCAGCUUGUUCAGCACUGAGAGCUGAUCAGUGUUUUCACUUACUUGUAAUUUAAGUAAUUUUCAUAAUCAUUUGAAGAAAUGGUAGCUGGAUGUGUUGCACUCUGAUAAUCUGAUGUGUUGCAAGCUACAGCUGUUGGAUAUGUUGCACUCUGAUAAGCUUCUUCAGGGGUUGUCAAUCACAGCCGAAGGCAGACCCUUCAAAAUCUGGAAAAGGGUCUAAAGCCAUGAGGUUGGAAAACAGGGGUCUCUUUCUUUUUAAAGUGCUUCUUUCUUCCUUAGAUUUUAGGGGGGGAAAUCCAAGAUAACCACCUUUCCCGCUCCGUGUACAGAACCCAUCUAGACUGGCUUUUGAAUCUUACUUUGAUGUUUAUGAUGGGAUCAUCUUCUGCCACAUCUGAGGGUGCCACGCUAAUUUAAGGACUGUGGCAUACACAAUAGAGUGGAGUAGCUGCUGCUGCUCAGAAUCUGCUGCCUGAUGCAGUGCUCUCACUCUGGCCAAUGGUAGGACCGGCCCUGGGUGAAACAUAUUCACCUGCGGCUUAGUGAAAUCCAUGUGCCUUAGCUUACCUGUGUAGCCACAGCCAGUGCAAUUCCGAAGUCGGAUCUUCGGAUCUAUUUCUCCCCCAGAAUUUCAAAACCCUGAACAUAAGUGGAACAUCCAACCCUCCUCCCUUAGACGCACAAAGCCCAUAUCCCACGGGCAAACUAAUUGUUGGUGCACAGUUAGUUCUUGGUAAGCUGAUAGGACUUGAUAAAUUGCUGGGAAAGCCUAUUUCAAACCCUCUGCUUGGACUUUGUGGGAAUUGCCUCUAAAAGAUCAGGGAUGUUAUCUGUAUAUAAUAAGGCAUGUGUAUGUAUAGCAGAACUGAAAUCCAUAUUAACAUUUUACUUAACACUUUUAGGUUUUGUAAAAAGACAAACGUGUGUUUUUUAGCAAUGUCUUUAUCUAGCUGUUUUUUUUUAAAAAAAAGAAAUACCUGAAACAUCUACUUUUAAAAUGAAUUUUUAACGUUCAAAUUAAAUUAUGUGGUCCAGAGAGAUUUUAAAAAUACUAAUAAAUGAGUUAUAUCUGAAAUACCCACUUUUAGGAGAGGAAAUUAAGUGGUGAAUGGUCUUGGAACUGGAUUUAUUGAAGAAAGAUUCUACCUUCUUUCUAAGCAAGGGAUCGUGAGGAUGUCUUUAAUCCUCCUUUUUCCUGCCCUGCUCAUUUUUUUGUUCAGAAUGUGUAUGUUGUUAACUCUCUCAUUGAAGCCAAUGAUACAUACAUGUGUCUAAUUCUGGCUUGAUUACUCUUCACUUUUGGUUUCCUUCCUGUAGCACAUGACCUGGUUCAUUUUCCUGAAUCAUAUAGAGCUGUUUGUACCUGUAGAAAGCAUUCUGUGGGCCACUGGCUCCCUGCUUGGAGCAUACUUUAAUCUACAGUGCAUGGGGAGAUGGAUGGAUGGCCAACAGCCCCAGCCUGGUGUCUUCCAUAUGUUGUUGGACUGCCACAACAGCCACACAAAGAAUGCCCAAUUAUCAUGGAUGGUGGGAGUUGUAGUUCAAAACAUCUAGGAGGCACCAGAUUGGGGAAAGACAACCUUGUUUUUUGGAGUAGGAAUUUGGAGUGGUUUAUUGGACUGGGAAUGAGCAACAGCUUGCCUUGCCUCCCCUUCUCUGGUGGCUUGGGUAUAGACCCAAGUUUGUUGAAAUGCCAUUUUUUAAUAUCCUUGUUAACAAACCAGGAUUAUACACAGUGCUUUAAACAGCAUUUCUCAUUCUGGACAUCUGCGGAGACUGCAAUUUAACGGAGAAGCAAGUCUUCUCUGAAGCAACAUGGUAAAGAGAUUAAAAUAUAUUUAUUGAAUUGCGAAAAGUGCAUCUUACUGUAUUUUAUGUGUACUAUCGAGUUACAGUCGUUUCCACCUAGCCACAUUCUUGUUUCACGUGUUAUAGUAGUUAAUUUAAAUGCUUGCCAAUCCUAUGGUAGCUGCUUAAAAGCUGACUGUGUGGCAAACGCAGGCACAUGGCAAGCUGAACUUCUCUGCUUUCGAGCCAAGUUGGACACCCGUCCACUGCUGCUCAAAAAUGGGUGUGUGGGGGUAACUCUGGGUGGAAACCAAAGGUUGGAGACUGCCGACUUUUGCAUUCCCACCAUAAACUUGAAGUGGCUGCCAUGUGACUCUGGGGUAUAUUCUUUCCUCUUGAGCAGUUUCCCUCAGUGCCUGCAAAGUCAGACGAGGGAACUUCUCUUAUGGGAUGAAGCUAGCAUUGCACUGGCCCCAUGGAAAUUUGUGUCCUCCUAUGGUUUUAAAAAUUGUUCCAGUUUGCACUCACAGUGCUUCAGGAGAGAGAGAGAAAGCUAUGUGUAAUGUUGCAGGCAAUAAAACCACUACUGUCUUAUAUUUUGUCAUGGCUUUAUUUGAAAUGUGAGCUGCCCUCCCGUUUUCCUAAGAUUCUAGGAUUCUCUUCUGUGCGUUGUAGACAGAAACUUUCGCCUUCUUUAUAUUUAGCUAAUACAGUGGUACCUCGGUUUUCAAAUGCCUCUGUAGUCGAACGUUUCAGAACUCAAAACGCCAAAAAACCCGGAAGUAAAUGCCUCGGCUUUUGAAUGUGCCUUGGGCGUCGAACAGGAAAUGUGGCUUCCAUUUUGAGUUUUCCGUAUUGAGGCUUCUGCUUUCAGUUUUCGGUUUUCAAAUGUUUCGGAACUCAAACGGACUUCCGGAAUGGAUUACGUUCGGAAACUGUAUUACAGUAAGCCCACACCUUGUGCACAUUCAGCUUUACACAAAGAAAUAUAAAAAAGGGGCUGGGUUUGUGAGGAAAAUUACUUUGGCAUUCACACCCACCAUUGAACCCAGUGGGUUCAGGCUAUACACAAUUUUGGCUGCAGACGUGAUCCCCGAAACGUAAGUCGUGGGCCUAUUGUAUAAUUUUUUUGGGGGGGGGAGAUCACUGCCUCUUUCAAUGCAGAGGCCAACGCAUUCUCCCACAAGGAUGCCUUUGUUACCCUGUGGACCCAAGAUAGUCCCUUUUGGGAAAGUUAUCCCCCCAUGCCCUCAAACCAUAGCAGCUCAAAAUAAGAUCCCAUGCAACAAGAUGAGACAGUUCCCGUCUUAGAACCAGCAUUGUAAAAGCUGCUUGCAUUUUUUCAAGUGGUGUCGCUGCAGUGUUUUCACAGAUAGCAGCACCUCACAAGCACCUAGGGUCCAAUAACAAAUAUUUGCCUAUAGAACAAAUAUUGAGAACUGCCAAUCUUUUCUUUAUUGCAGGCAUGGAGAAAUGUCUCUAUCUCUCUAGUCCAUGCCAAUAUUUCCUUUAAGAAUCCCUGGAGCCGGGAGACAGAAAAGGUACUGUCAGUCAUGUGGACCUCAGCGUGAAUAUUAACAGAUACAAAUGAGGUGAAUGAACUCACACGAGUAAUUUUGUAAAUUUGGGUCUCUGUACUCCAUCUGUACUUUCACUUCACUUAACAACAGAGCUUUGUCUAGACACAUUAGAUGGAAAGCUUUGGCAACACGUAAGUACAAAUAGCUUGGAGAGAUCAUGUUUAACGGCACCCUUUUUUAAUCUGCCAAUUUACAUAGGUGCCCACAACCUACUUUUUUAAAAAAAUUAACUACAAAAAUAGAUGGGGAUUUAUUCCUGCCCAUAUGGAAGGCUUUCAUGAUUUCUAUUGUAAUUUUUCUCCCAUACAGAAACAUUUGCUUAUGGCAUAUAUCAGGAUUUUCAAUCAGUUGCCUCAAAUUGCAAGUUUGCAAGAUUGACUGCCUUCUGUCCCAUGGUUUCACUUGCCCAAAGGGCCAUUUUUCAUUUGUGCUGAAAUUUCAUUUGCGCCUGGCUUUAGUGACUCUAAGCGUGCAGAUUGUAUCUUUUGCACCACAGCUUUCCUCUAGCCAACACUACACUGUAGCUUGUGGGAUGUGGGUGGCGCUGUGGUCUAAACCACUGAGCCUCUUGGGCUUGCUGAUCGGAAGGUCAUCAGUUCGAAUCCCUGCGACGGGGUGAGCUCCUGUUCCUCUGUCCCAGCUCCUGCCAACCUAGCAGUUUGAAAGCACACCAGUGCAAGUAGAUAAAUAGGUACUCCUGUGGCGGGAAGGUAAACGGUGUUUCUGUGCGCUCUGGCACUUGCCACAGUCCUCUGUGUGCCAGUAGCGGUUUAGUCAUGCUGGCCACAUGACCCAGAAAACUGUCUGUGGACAAACACUGGCUCCUUGGCCCUGAAAGUGAGAUGAGUGUCGCAACUUAACCAUCUGGGGGUCCUUUACCUUUUUAACCUUACACUGUGGCUUAUGGUCAAGAAGUAGCCCAUGCACAUUAAAUACCUGGAAGCAGAGAUGCUUAUACCAUAUCUCUUGGUCACUUUCUUUUGCUCAUGACCAAGUAAAGGAGGAAGCAGUGUUGCCCUGAGCAGCUAAACAAGUUCGGGGAACCCCUUUGAGCCAUCUGCAACUGAGAGGAGGGGGGCACAUGCCAGUGGUGGGCAGAGUUAAUUGUUGCUGGCAUCCACCUGUCUCAAGAGACAAUGGAGUGUGCCUCCGGGGGUGAAGUCAAAUGGCUGGAGAAUCACAGCACCUGCUGUGGCUGCAGAGACUGGUAACUUGUAACUGCUGCCUCCCUCGUUGCUUUUGCUGUGUUAGCAGCACUGAAGUGACGUCCCUGGGCCCAGGCCUGGGCUGCCCAAAUGACAAGACCCCCCUCUUGGCCUUGCUGAUAUGACCCAAAGGAAAGCAGAGCAAUACAGUUGGGACCCGCUUGGCUGCAGGAGUUGCUGGAAGGAGGCAUACAAUAUGCCACCCACUGCAGAUUUGGGUAGGGUUUACCCCUUUGCCUUUUCUUUUCCUGAAGGUGUUCUGCAAGGUACUGAUUUCUCCUCGGGGUUUUGCUCCUGAAGCCUUUCUCACGAAUGUAUAGCUGCAAGGCUUAGGAUCAGAGUUUCCCUUUUUCUAGAUGGGCUGCCUUCCCAGGUUGACAACCCCCAUCUGCUCCUGCAGAGUUAAAAGCCCCAUGGCAUUCACACAAAGCUAUCCACGACACACAAUUCACGCAGAUUGAUCCAUCAUAUGCGUACAACUGCCCAAAUCACCCUAUCCACACAAGCCCAUCCGGUCACACACACAUCCAUAUACAUAAUGAGGAGCAUGGCAGAAUUAAGCUGGGACUUUUCAACCAAAAUUGCAGUGCCUGCACUCGCACAAAUGCAGUACAGUGGUAUCUUGGUUCUCAAACACCUUGGUACUCGAACAACUUGGAACCCAAGCACUGCAAGUGUUCCAGUUUGCGAACUUUUUUCGGAAGCCAGACGUGCUCUGUUUUGAGUGUUCCGCUUCCGAUUUGAGUGCCACACUUUAUGCUGAGGUCUGUUUUUGCUUUUUAAAAAAUUGCAUUUUUGUGGCUCUUUUUGUUUUGUUUUUGUGACUGUGUGGAACCCAGUUCAGCUACUGAUGGAUUGAUUGUGUGACUGCAGUACAUUGUUUAUUGCUUUCAUUUUAUGGAUCAAUGGUCUCGUUAGAUAGUAAAAUUCAUGUUAAAUUGCUGUUUUAGGGGUUGUUUUUAAAAAGCCUGGAACAGAUUCAUCCAUUUUGCAUUGCUUUCUAUGGGAAAGCGCACCUUGUUUUUGGAACGCUUUGGUUUUGGAACAGACUUGCGGAACGGAAUAAGUUUGAGAACCAAGGUAUAGUCAUAUAUGCACACAUUGUCCCCUAUUGUCCCCACAAUAUUAAGCACAGUUUCUCUAUUUGCAGGAUCCCUCCUGCUCUUUCUUCCCUCUUGUCUGCUUGGGCUUAACGGGGACACUUCCUCUUUGCAGCCUUGGUUCCACAACAUGGUAGCAGCUGCCCCAUGCUGUGGCAUCCUUUGCUCCCAGACUAUCGACUGGCAUCAUUUUCUAAGCAACUUCAUUAACUUCUCAUUACCAGAAGACCUGCUGUCUCAGGUGAUUCCUAGGUGCUGGUGAAGAUUGCCGAAUGCUCCCAAAGACUCUAGAGUGCUCCCCCAAAUUGUUGAGCACCCAUGAAUGCCACUACACAGAAUUGCUGCAUACAGUUGGCGAAGCGUCAGAGAAGUGGCCAAAGGGCGCAGCAUCUGUGAUCCCUAUUCCUGCUGCUGCAAGAUCACCAAAGGAGGGAGCGAGCCUGAGAAAGGUAAGUGG